CCCAGUGGCGGCGGCGCCGCUCCCGCCCCGCGAACUCGGAGCGCUCGCUGGCUGUGUUCUUUAACUGUAUUUUGGAUGGGAUUUUCUUUUACUUCAUUGCCAUCUGUAGAAACUGAUGAAUAUUUUUAGUGCUAAGGCUCCAUAUAUCACCAGAUGUCCUUCUGCCUGACUGAGAUGUUUCUGUGGUCUUUGAAGACCAACUUACAUAUUAGAGAUGAAGACAUUGGCAUCCACCAGUACUGCGACAAGAAAGAACCAGCUCGAGAUUAUCCUUGGAUCCUGAAAACCAAGCGACCGGACAAACUGCGAGAUGCUCUCAAGGAGGUAGAGGACUUAAUGCAGAACAGUCCAUGUGUGCUGAGCAAAUGGAAGAACAAACAUACCUGUCAGCUCCUCUUUCACUCAGGUAUUUUGGUGUCCCUAAGCCUUUCUGGGCCACAGCUGGAGAAGGUGGUGAUUGACAGGACCCUGGUGGGGAAGCUCAUCUCCGACACCAUCAGUGAUGCUGUUCUUACAGACAAUUUCAUCAUCUUGUCAUUUGAGGACCAUAAUCAACUCUGCUUAAUUCAGUUUACAAAGGCAAUGGAUUCUCCUGAUGUAAACAAAAGACUGGAAAAACUCUCUUGUUUGGACUCUAAGAUUUCUUAUGUUGAUAUACUUGGACCAGAAGGUAGAAGAAUGAAACGUCACCUGGCAAUAAACUCUAUGCAAGAUCUGGUCAUUUGCUGGUGGUCAGCAGCUAGUGAUGGAGCAUGGCCUUGGUCUCCUAUUUCCUGUCAGAGGGACAGAGCCAACCUAUUGCUAUUAGGCUGUGCACAUGGCAAAUUGGAGGUGCUGAGUUACGUCCGCACGGAGUGGGACCCGCUGGAUGCCAGCUUCAGCUGUCUCCAGCCCCAGCAGGUGCUGACGGUGGAGCGCUCGGUGUCCGCAGCCAAGGAGCCCAUGGCCGACAGCUGCGUCUACAAGUGCGUCAGGAACAGAAUCCAGUGCGCCGCCGUCACCAGGAUCCCCCUGCGAGCCAGGGCCAUCAGCUGCUGCAGGGAUGUGACAGAAGACAAGCUGGUGCUGGGCUGUGAAGACUCGUCAGUAGUUCUGUACGAAGCCUACAGCCAAGUGACUCUGCUGGCCCAAGCAGAGCUGCUCCCUGCCGUAAUUGCCUACCACCCCUGCGGAGCCGUGCUGGUGGCUGGCAGCUCUCAAGGGGAGCUGCAGCUUUUUGACACGGCGCUGUCCCCAGUUAAAAUUCAGCUCUUGGCACAGGACUAUUCACCUGAGGCAACUCUGCAGUUCAGUAAACACUGUGAGGUGCCCACCAGCCUCAUCCAGAUCCAGUGGGCUGCUCCUCAAGGUGCAUUUCCCAGUCCUGACAGCAUGGAUAUUCACAAUCUUUUGUUGGUUAGAUUUGAUAAAGGACCCUUGGGAGUGCUUCACUUUAAACUUGGUGUGCUCACAAGAGGACAGCUGGGCCUUGUGGAAAUCAUCCACCAGUACAUUCGUUACGAUGAGAUACAGGAGGCAGUUAAUGUCCUGAGCACCAUGAACUGGAACACGAUGGGGCAGCAGUGCUUUAUCUGCCUGAGUGCCAUUUGCAACCACCUUCUUAAACAAAAGCUUACACCAGCCAGAGAAGCACAGCUUGAGGCAAGCCUUGGAACCUUUUAUGCUCCAACAAGGCCUCUCUUGGAUAGAACUGUGCUGGAGUACAGGGACGCCAUCAGCAGAUAUGCAAGAAGGUUCUUCCACCACCUGCUCAGGUAUCAGAGGUUUGAAAAAGCAUUUCUGCUUGCUGUUGAUAUCGGUGCUCGGGACCUGUUCAUGGACAUCCAUUACCUUGCUCUAGAUAAGGGUGAAUUGGCACUAGCUGAAGUGGCAAAGAGAAAGGCUAAUGACAUUGAUGCAGAAUCAAUAACUACUGGAAUUGAACUUCUGGGGCAGUCAGAUGAAGAGGACCCAUCUUGUGAAGCUUUUGCUGACCAAUCUCCAGAGCGGGGAGAAGGGUGCAACCUGCCUGCUCCCAGCCCUGCUGACAGACCACCAGUGCAGAGCUGCUCCCACAGACCCACCAGCCACAGACAGGCAGAGGACACUGAGCCUGGAGCAGAUGGCCACACCACCUCCCUCAUCAAGAAAACCUUUUCCAGCAGCCAGGAAGGAAAUACGAGAGCCAUUCCUUCAGAGCAGGAGACUGGAGACAGCGGGUCUCUCCAGAUCGUGCACUUUGGGCUGGUGUGACUGAGCUGCCAAAGCAGAGAAGAGGAAACCUCACCGAGGCGGUGAAGUUCACGGGAAGUCCUUCAGCAAACUUCCAGCCAGCCUUGGAUCUGACCACCGGCAGAUGACAAAACACCAGGCUUAGAAAAUACCCUGUUCUUAGACCUCCAAAUUAUUUCUGAGUUCAUGUUGAUAUGUCCAUGCACAAAGUGCCCUUUGUUUGCUUGUGGAGGGCAACUUGGUGACAUUUUCAUCAAAGGCGUCAAAAAUAGCGAGUAAUCGCCGAUCCCCAUGUACUGUACCAACUCAAUGCUGAAAAAUUUGGUGGGGUGUCUUGGAUGAAUCCAUAAGCUUUUCAGGAGAAAGUCUGUAAUUCUCUAUGCAUUAUAUGUUUUUACAAUCUUCACUUGGAAGCAGAUUCGAAUUUCCACUUAAGUCUCUGAAAACCGUCCUAUUGAGAUACCAGCAGAUAAGAUCUUCACUCAGGAUACCUCUGUGAAAGAGCAGCCUUUCACAGUUAGCAGCAUUUUUCAAAGAAUGCUCUCAAUUUUCAUAUCUAGAUAUAUCAUCUUAGUUGAAUAACCAUUAUUUUGCCUUGAAAAAAAGAUGCGGAGCCUCUUAAGCAUCAUUCCAUUGGAGUCCAGAUUUUAAUCUGCCUCCUCUAACCACAAAGAGAAAAUGCACUGAGAAGGGAACCUGUGCCAGCCCUCUCUAUUUUUUUUCUGGCAGUGAAGAGGAGCGAGCAUCAUCGUGGGUCCUCCCUCCCACCACCUGAUGGAGCGCAGAGUGUACAGACACGGUUAUUUUGAGCUCUGUCAUAGGCACAUGUGUGGGUUAAUCUUGAGCCUUUUGGGGAGCACUGGGUGGUUGAGACCCAAAGCCAGAGAGCUUCUUGAAUUUGGUUUUAUGCGGUGAGCAAAUCUGUACGAUGGACUGAGAAUGAAAUGUAAAAAACCCCAAAACCCACAAGCCAUUACAAGUGUUUCAUUAACAGAAAUUCUGCCUUUACCCAAAUAAAAUAUUUACGGUCCAUUUUCCCCUUAUGAGUCAAAA